AUGCGUCUGUCACCGGCAUGGUACCAGUUUCUGGUUGGAGUGUUCGCGUCGCUCGGCUCAUUUCUCUAUGGAUAUGAUUUGGGUGUCAUUGCAGAGGUCAUCGUCUGCCCAUCUUUCGUGUCAAAGUUUGACAAAGUAGACGCCUCCAGGUGGUCUACGCAAACCGGGUUAGUUGUCUCCAUGUUUACCUGUGGUGCCUUCUUCGGAGCUGGAUUUGCAGGACCUAGUGGUGAUUACUUAGGCCGACGGAAGACAAUCUCUCUUGGCUGUCUAUUCUUUUGCUUGGGUGGAGGUCUACAAACUGGUGCUAAGUCUCUCUCAUUCCUAUUUUCGGGACGUUUCUUUGCCGGCUUCGGAGUUGGCUUCCUGACCAUGGUGAUUCCGCUAUAUCAGGCUGAAAUUUGUCAUCCAAACAUCCGUGGUCGAGUGACAGCCCUUCAGCAAUUCAUGCUUGGAGUUGGAUCUCUCUGCGCCAGUUGGAUAAGCUAUGGCACAUACAUUGGGUUUGCCGAGACCGAUGACGCUCAAUGGCAGUUGCCACUGGGUCUUCAGCUGCUUCCUGCCGUGUGUCUGGGUAUAUUGAUCAUAUUUUUCCCUGAGUCGCCUCGCUGGCUUAUAGAUCACGACUGUGCCGAAGAGGGAUUGCGGACACUAGCCAAGCUGCAUGCGCAUGGUAACGAGCAAGAUCCCUGGGUGCAGGACGAAUAUGCUCGAAUUCAAGAGACCAUCGCCAUUGAGCACGAAACCGAGGCCAAAUCGUAUGCCGAACUGUUCAGCAGUCGCUCGGCCUUCCGACGUCUUUUCCUUUGCUGUGCUCUACAAGCAUCAGUGCAAAUGACUGGAGUUUCUGCCAUUCAGUACUAUUCUGUGACGAUCUAUGGACAGAUCGGUAUUUCUGGCGAAGACACACUGCGAUACCAGGCCAUCAACUCAAUCAUCGCCCUGAUUGCUCAAUUCCUUUGCAUGAUGCUGAUUGAUCGGGCUGGUCGACGCUGGACCCUGAUCGGUGGAAACUUGGGCAACAUGGUGACCUUUAUCAUCGCAACCGUCCUGUUGGCAAGGUUCCCUCCAACAUCUAACAAUACCGGUGCUCACUGGGGCUUCAUCAUCAUGACAUGGCUAUAUAACUUUUCUUUCUCAUGCACUUGUGGACCACUGUCAUGGAUAAUUCCCGCCGAGGUAUUCGAUACACGCACACGUGCAAAGGGUGUUUCCAUUGUGACGAUGGUUUCGUAUGCUUUCAAUACGAUGAUUGGCCAAGUCACGCCCAUUGCUAUGUCUUCUAUCCACUACAAGUACUACUACCUGUUUGUCAUCUGCAAUUUCACCAAUGCAGUAUUCUUCUACUUCCUCUUGCCGGAGACGAAGAAGAUUCCACUGGAAGAGAUGAAUCGGAUUUUCUCAAAUGCGCCAUGGAUCGUGCCUGGAAUGAAGAGAGAGGAUUACUUGCCGCGUGACUUGGAGCAUCACAAGGUGGAGCACGAAGCCAAGCAUGAAGCGAUGCAUGUGGAGUAG